AUCGAGCCGGGAGACGACUCUCAGGAGGGUUUUGGCUGGAAGGUGGUGUACGGCGACGUGUUCCGUCCGCCUCGGCACGGCAUGCUGCUCUCCGUGCAAAUGAACUCAGGUGUCCAGGUGCUCUCCAUGACGCUCAUCACACUCGUGUUCGCGUGCCUGGGCCUCCUGUCGCCGGUCAACCGCGGCUUGCUGAUGGCAUGUGGCCUGGUGGUGUGCGUCUGCCUGGGUACGCCCGUCGGCUACGUGUCUGCCCGAAUCUAUAAGUCGGGAAGUGGCGGCGAAAAGUGGGGACUCGACGUGCUGCUGACAUUGACACUGUGCCUGGGGAUCGUGUUCAGCAUCACGCUGCUGCUGAACCUCGUGCCGUGGGCACACAACUCGUCUGCACCGCCGCCAUGUCUCACCAUACUGACGCUGAUCGGGCUCUGGUUUGGCGUGUCCGUGCCGCCCACUUUCUUUGUCACCUACUUCGCCUUCAAGAAGCACGCGCUGGAGCACCUG